UCCGCACGCGCGCGGGUUGAGAGCACGUGCCCCCCCUUCAUCCGAGCAGCUGCUACGUCAUCGAAGGCGCGCGCCAAACAGCGCUACCGUGGGAAUACGUGCGAAAGAGGGAGAGAGAGCGCUGUGUGAUUUAUCCGUUCCGUUCGGAUUUCCGUCCAUUAACAUCCGAUCCGAUCGACGGACGGCGUGACGCCCUCUUGACCCGCCUGGCUCUCUCUAUGUGUAUGUGCGCGAUUGAUCGCCAUCGUAUCUUCUCCGCCGCUGAUGGAUGAUCGCGCUGCAGCCAACGGAAGGCUAGAGCGAGACCGACGUCAUUGAGUGAGUGACAGACGCGCCACAAACAACAACAACAAAAAAACCCAAAACGUAGUGCAGCGUAUCGAGCGCGAUAGAACCGGUUGGCGGAAAGAGAGAGCGAGCGAGAGCGGAUUAGCCAGACGGCAGAUCGGGUGGCGCGCGCGGGAGAGCAGAAAUCAUAAUUAGGUGCGCACCCGCAGGCCAAUAUUCGAACAGUUUGCGUGCAGAAGCCGAAGCGAGCGGUCAGGUCACAUUACAACGACGCGUGCACUCCUGCUGAGUCCGGUCCAAGAGAGGGAGAGAGAGAGAGAGUGAUCGCGUGAUAUUAAUUGUCGCGCUCGAUAUCCGUUUACGCGAGAGCGCGUAACCCGAUCGACGAGACGAUCGGGGUGUGUUUGGCCUUUUGUCUCUGCCGCGUGUCGUGACCUUGGGCACCGGCCGCCGUGUGUUGGUCGAUGCUAAUCAAUCGCGAGUGGUGUGCGUGGCUUUGUGUUCUCCGUCGCUAUCGGAAAGCAGCGGAGCGCCCAGCUGCCUUUUAACCGCGGGCCAAUUGCGAGUGUGCAGCGGUGUGUUGGUGUCCGGCCUUUUUAGGGGGGGCCAGCAUUGAAUGGCAGCGCGUGUUGCCGCGUGAUCGUUCGUGUGUGUUUCGGCGCACGGUCUCGACUAUCGGCUACUAUCAAGCAAAACGGAAGGCUUCAGUGGUCCGGUGACGACGGCGACGGCCAAACUCGAAACGAUGGCCGAAGCGCAGCGGCUGAUCGGGAUUUCGCUGGCGAAGAUCGCCCAGGCGCGCGUCUGCCGCGGUGGCGUUUCGCUCCACAAGAAUCUGUUGGUCGCGACGGUCCUGCAGAAGGCGCGCUACAUCUUCAUGGAGGAAGCGUACCACAUCGUCCACGGUCACUAUCUGCAGCAGCAGCAACAGCAGCACAAUGCUUACCUCGCCCAAACGAUGGUCAGCCCCGUGGCACCGGAGGAGGACGGUGACAAGUGCGACAACGCACAGCAGCAACGUAGCAGUAUGGCAAUGGCAGCUGCGGCUGCCGCUGCCGCUGCAGCAGCGGUCGCUGCCGCAUCGACCACCGUCUCCAAGACGCCCUCCCUGGUGGACGAGGAGGCGGACGAGGGGGAGGACGACGGCGGCGUGAUGCUGCCGACGACGAUCGAGUCACUUCCGCUUGAGCCCGUGGCGGCGGCGGCAGCGGCGGAACCACUCAACAUGUGCCGGAGUGGGAGCGACGAGACGGAGCAGGAGUCGGAGCGGCACCACCACCACCACGAUAUGUCGCAUCUGUUUCUGUUACCGGCCCUUGCACCGUGGAUCGGCGGUGGCACCGGAACGGGAUCGGGGGAGGACGACGGAGCGGAUGAUCGCUCCGCCACCCCCGGUUCGUUCUCACCGUUCGCGGCCGACGAUGACGAUGAUGAGGAGGAAGAUGAGGACGAUGAGGAGGGCGAGGAAGAGAGUCGGUGCCAGGAUCUGUCUUGCCAUCAGCGAACGGCACCAGCACCACCACCACCACCAACAGCAACACCGUCUGCGAUGCUAUACUUCGAUCUCGAUGAUCGACGGAACGUGAGGAAGCGCUUGCUGCGACGGCGGCGCUGUCGAAGUGGCGAGGAGGCAGAAAGCGAUCGUGUGGUGGCGGCCAGUAAACGAAAGUCGAGCGACUCGAUCAGUAGUGCCGCCCGCGAUAGUGAUGACGACAGUGGAAGCGGAGGUGAUGCUGCUGCUGCGGCUGACGCGGAGACUGUUCGUGGCGAGCUUCCGAUGGCGUUACUCGCUGCCAAGCGGUUGAAGCCGGAUACGGACACCCGGCCCAGUUCCUCCUGCACGCCACAGUUCUACGCAUCGCCCGCUAUCUGCUCGCGGAGUAGUGAGACGGAGUCGCGCACCUCAUCCUCAUCGCCAUCGUCCGGCCAACAGCUGGAAGCGGAAAACCUGACCACCACCGGGCCCGGCCAUUACCAGCACCAGCAGCAGCCAAGGGCCAGUGAUAUACCGGAGACUGUGGCGUCGGUCGAAAGUAUCGAUCGGAUAACGUCGCUGGUAUCGAUCUUCAGCUUCGGCAAUCUGUCGCGCUCCGUGUCGACGCCGGAUUUCUGUGCGGCCCAGGCGCAGAAGGACCGUGGGUCGGGGUCGCGCCCCGACGGGGUGGUGGUGGUCGGUGGUGCUGCAUUGCAGCAUCACGGCCAGCGCGGCUACCUGACGAUGACGGUGUAGUAACGUCAUGUGCGAUCGCGCGCGCGAGAGAGAGAGAGUAAACGGUGAACUAGUUAGGAUCAAAACGGUACUUUCACUAAAGUCGCGAUGAUCAGCGCGCGUGCGAGAGACAAGAUCGAAGCGUUAGAAAGAGAGAGAGAGAGAGGACCACCACGACAGAGGAAAAGAAUCAAAAUGUAGGGUUAGAGUUAGACGUUUAAGCAGAACCAUAAAUGCUGUUCCUGUUGUCUGUGUCCUGCCUUUGGCUGACACGCCUAGGGUCGCGGCCAAAUGAAGCGAAGAUUGAAUAUUUAUUAUGCGAGACACGCACAGCAAAAGGGGAAGCAAAUUAACAUAAGAAGUGGCCACCGCGAGAGAAAGAGAGUGAUCGACAAGCGGAGCAUAUUAGAGGGUGCAUCCAAGAGAAAACAAAGCAGAGGCCGUUCGAACGACAGUACAUCACAGAGAGCCCUAGAGAGAGCGAGAGAGAGAGAGAGGCAGACGGCGAGAAGCAAACAGUAAUUGGCCAAGAAAAGUGUAGCCCACGGUGGCGGCGGAGUGUCAAAGGCGAAGACCUCUGGUGCAUUUGGUGCACUCUGCGGGGUUCGAAAGUGCGCGGCGGCGGCGUCGUGUCGCGAUCGCGAUCUGCGACAGAUGAUCGCGAUCCAAAGCUGUGUGUGGAUGGGUAGAGCCGAUUGGAAAGUUAUGUUUCGGUGGUGGUGCUGCUGCUGCGAUCCUUUGUUUCGAUCUUCGAUCACCGGAUCACACUGCACGGAGCUUUGCGCGAUCACAGGAAAGUGUAUACGAAUCUAUUAAUGUAAGCUUCCCGAACGUGGCGUGUUGUGGCGGCCUUCGGUUUGGCUUCCCGCGCCCCGCCCGCCUACUACGUUACGGAUUAAGUACAUUCGUUUUAUCAGUAUGUCAACUGUGACCGCGACCAGCCAGCCGGAGCUGGUCGUCGUGUGUUCUCCUCCUUUCUGUUUCGGUAGCUCGGUACUCAUUGUGUUCUACAAACUAUGUAUAGCGCGGAAGAAGCUGCGGAUUAGCAUUAACAGAACACGGAACUUACACAAACAUACACACAUACAACACACAUAUUUAUUGUGAUAGGAAGCGCGAAACGAGAGAGAAAUAAACCCUAAAACCGUUCGCCACCUUGUGG